UUUUCUUUUCAUAGGUGGUGGCAAAAAUCAAACAUUAUGAAAAAGGUCCCUUACGUUAGAGAUAGAUCCGUUGAGUGCUUUAUUUGGAGCUUGGCCUUGUCCUACAAGCCUGAAGAUAGCAAUGCAAGACUAUUUGGGAGAAAAUUGAUCAGUGUUACUGGUCUUUUAGAUGAUACUUAUGAUAAUUAUGGCACGGUUCAAGAACUUGAAAUCUUCACAAAAGCAUUAGAGAGAUGGGAUAUUAGUCUCCUUGAACCUCUUCCUCAAUGUAUGAAAGUAGUAUUUGAUACGGUUGUAGAACUUUGUGAUGAAAUGGAGUUGCUAACAGCUCAAAGUGGAAAAUCAAGAUUUGUGGUGCCACAUUUUAAACAAGCCAUUUGUAACAUAACAAAAGCAUACAUGGUUGAAACAAAAUGGUGCCAUGAGGGUCAUGUUCCAACAUAUGAUGAAUAUAAAGUUAAUGGAGUUUUAACUUCUUGCGGCACUCUAUUCUACAUAUCAUUUAUUGGCCUUGGAGAGUUUGCAACAAAGGAUGUUUUCGAUUGGAUUUCAAGUGUUCCAAAUAUCAUUAAAGCUACAUCACUUAUUGCUAGACUCAUUGACGAUAUGGCCUCACAUAAGUUUGAACAGCAAAGAGUACAUGUUGCAUCAUCUGUGGAAUGUUGCAUGAAGCAAUAUAACAUUUCAGAAGUAGAGGCUUAUAACUUCAUCCGCAAGGACAUUGAAGAUUAUUGGAAGCUUAUAAAUGAAGCAUAUCUCAAUUCAAAUGAUAUCCCAAAGCAUGUCCUCGAUAGUAUCAUUAAUUACGCACAUCCCAUGUGA